AAAACAAAAACCAACUCUCUUAUCCCUCUCAGAUUCCUUGAAUACCUCGAGAUUCCCGGAGCAUGGCCACGGCGGCUCAGGCGGUCUUACGGGUUUUGCAGUCGCAAAAGUCGGCGGCUCCAGCUAGAGAACCGGCGGUGGUGCCGGCUCAGAAACUGAGAGCUUCUGAUUCGUCACCGGAUAACUUGAAGAUAGUCCUUCAGCCUCGGCUGUGCACUCUCAGAUCGUACGGUCCGGAUCGCUCCGGAGUGAUCAAGACGCGCAGAGACGGCGAUGACGUAUCCCCGUUCUUUGCCACGCUGUCGGAGUACAUCGAGAGCUCGAAGAAGAGUCAGGACUUCGAGAUCAUCUCCGGUCGGCUAGCCAUGAUUGUGUUUGCAGCAACCGUGACAAUGGAGAUGGUGACGGGGAACUCCUUGUUCAGAAAGAUGGACUUACAGGGAAUAGCUGAAGCAGGCGGGGUGUGUGUGGGAGCUGUGGCUUGCGCUGCAGUGUUCGCAUGGUUCUCUAGCGCUCGAAACAGAGUGGGUCGGAUCUUCACCAUCAGCUGCAACACAUUCAUUGAUUCCCUCAUCGACCAGAUCAUCGAUGGCCUGUUCUACGAAAGUGAAUCCAACGAUUGGUCGGAUGAGAUUUGAAGCCUCAGCAAUUUAUAAGCGUAUAAUGUUGGGUUAAAAGCCUGGAAGUAAUUUUGAUCAAAGCGUUUCUAAUAUGUAGCGCUUGAAUAUAAAUAAAAAAAAAGUGGAUCAAUAGUGUUAUCGAUAGAAUGUAAUAUGAUAAAUUUUGUUUUUUGGUUUUGUUUUUAA